AAUGUAAAUGAUGUUUUAUUGUCAUCAUUUACACUGUCAUACAUUAGAAUAAACCUGUAAACAUUUUUUUAGACUAAUAACAAUGAACAAACAAAAAAGACUUGUAUUUCAUACAAAUUUGUGAAUAAUUUACAAAUUUUAUGAUUAAACUAAAUGUAAUCGGAUUUAUACUUUUGGAAUACAAAUUCAUGUAAUGAAGAGAUAAUAAACCACAUUAAAGGUGGGAUUAUAAAUUACAUAUACAUACAUAAAUAUUAUAGCUAUCUGUGAUUUUGUUAUAUCAAUUUGUUCUCAUCUACCAAGUUCAAGAAGUAGUUCGUUUAUCAUUGUUCGCACCUUAAACAAACUCUGGUAAUAUUAGUUAAAUAUCUAACGUGAUAUUUGACUUGGCUAAGAUGUAGAAAAGAAACAAAACAAAACAAACAAACAACAACAAUCACCUCAACAUUUCCAUUAAAAUUAGAAAACAAAAAGAAAAAUUAUUCAAGUAGAAAUGCGUUCAGUAUUUGCUAAAAAAUCUAAAACAAAAUUAAAUCCUAAAACAAAACUUGAACCAACCAUAGAAAAUGAAUUAAUGUUAAAAUCAGAAGAGAAACAUUUCACAGAUGAACAAAAUGAUAAUUUACAGAAUAAAUAUACAUUAAGAAGUAAAAUUAUCAAACAUAAUUCACUUGAUAAAAGAAAAUCAGGUGCUAGUUUCAAAUCAUCAUCAUCUGAUGUUUAUAUACGUCGUGGAUUAGGUGUAUCAGUGACAUUUGAAUCAACAUUACCAACACAAAUAUGGCAAGCAUCACCAAGUCCUUCACCACCAUUAAGUGAACAAAUAAAAAAUGAUGAAAAUAAUCAAGGUAUUAAAAAUUCUACAUCAUCUUCAUCAAAUUCACAGAGUUGUGAAUCAUCUAAUGAAAGAAUUCGAAUGAAUUAUAAGAAUCGUCAUGGAAGUUUAAAUGAUAUUCAUGAAUGUGAUGAUAGCAGUGAUGAGACAAAUCCAUCUCGUUUGAGCUAUCCUUCGUUAAGUAGUUGUACUAGUAGUGAUGAAACAACAACUAGCCAAGAAAGAUUAAGUCAUCGUUUAAGUAGUAGUACUUCAGAUAGUAGCUCCAGUUUAGAUUUACGCAUAUUACCAAAUAAUGGAACACAUUCCACACAGAAAAUUAAUGAAAAACAUCACAAAGGUAAAAAAGAUAGGGAAAGUGAGAGAUAUUCAAAUCGUAAGGUUGUUAAUGAAAAGCGUCGUCAAUAUAAAUCACAAGGUCUGAGUAGCAGUAGUACAAGUAGUGAAGAAGAAGAUUUGGAAGCAUAUGGGUGGGAUGAAAAAACGAUUUCUGCUUUGACCAGCAGAAAUAAGACUAGCAUGACAUGUCACACAACCGCUUCCAAAGGAAAAUCAGAAAAAUGCCCAAAGAAUGUAAAUGAAUCCCUUACAAGUCCGAAGAGAGCGUCAUCUUAUCAAAAAUAUGACUUGCGCUGGAAACCAGAUAUGGGACUGGCCAAAUUAAAGCUUUCUUCUCCUGUAAGGAUUUGCAAUCAGUUUCAUGUAGAUUCGCCUAUUAUUUUUCCUCAGACAUGUAUAGUAUCCCGAAGGUUAAAUUCAGCUAUCCAAUCUAAUUGUCCAAACACGACGAGUUUUACUUUACAUCCUUUUACAUUGCCUACCAGCAGCUUUGUACAAAAUUCUUCUCUAACCAAUAGCGAACUACUAGCGGUUGUGAAUAUUGAUUUUCGACCCUCAGCAGAGUGGAAAGAAAGAUACAAACUAUUAGGCGUUCGUCAGGGGGAAUAUGUUUGUGUUUUGAAUCAAAGCUUAUCAAGUCCAACAAUCACUAAUUCUGUGGAUGGAAGAAUGAGAUCUACACAUGCUCAGCAGAAAGUAAUGUUCCCGUUGACGGAGAAUGACUUUUGGUUAUACGUACGUAGAUGGUGUGUCGACCACCUAGUAGCUACAGGAACACCAGGAUACAUUCCUCGCCAAACCUGUAGAGUUUUAUCGAACUGUGAGAUUACUAGUCUGAGGUGUGCAAGUCAAAAGGCAAAAUCGUCGUGGGAUGGAAGUUCAAACAACUUCAUACCAUUGAAUGAUUCCCAAACGAAUAACACUCCCGUACAGAAACAUGUAGUCAUGCAGACAAAUGAUGAGUUUAGACAAACAAAACCAGCAUCAAAUAAGGAGUUGACAAACAGAAGUCCGCACUCUAAUUCAACAUGUUCUAACCAAGUUACUGUAAUGUUUACUACGCAUCUUGAUAAGAGAAAUCCUAUGUAUUCAUUACAAAACUUUACACCAGAUACAUCACAAAACUUCCUGCCACCCCCACCCCCAGGCUUCGGUUCUGGUGGGUCAAUAGGCUCGGAAACAGAAGACAAGGACUCUGGAAGGGGUCCCAGUUCAGGUUCAGAAUGGGGAAGUGGUCGUGGAGGUAGUUCAAAUAUAACACUAGAUCGGUCUAUAGUGGAACAUACCUCAAGUGAAGUGGGAUUAGACUAUCAAGGUUCACAAUCAAACAGACGGUCGAGAAAUGUUAAAAGUGCUGAGGAAUCUCAGCUUGGAUGGUAUGCACCUACGGGACUAGAAUGGUCGGAUAGAAACUUUCAUCCAGGUGAAGAAUCUCUAUCCCGUGACUCAGCGUUUCAAAGCCCGAAUACAGAUAACCUAGCACCAUCACUACAUAUUACAGAAGUAAGCCAAUCUGCUGCAAAUAAGAGUUCUUCAAUGCAAAAAGCAUACUCACCAUCUGCAAUAACUCUAACGACUAUUACCGGAAACACUCCUGUUCUAGAAAUGAGACACAAUGGGACCCCAACCCUGUGCGCUCGGGGACUCCCUUCAGCAUCAACAACAGAUAGUUUGGCCACAAGUACAACAACUUGUACUACAGUGGUCGAUAUAAGAGAAGGACAAGAUGAGCAUACAAAUAACCCCAGAGCUGGUCCAUCCACUAAAUAUCGAGUACCAACGCCUGAUCCUUCAUGUUGGGAACCGUAUAAAACUGUAAUUCAUGUGAAUGAAACUAGUCUUGAAAAAUUUACUUUAGUGUAAAUAUGAAUAAAGUAACAAUCAGUUCAAAAUAUAAUGAAUUAUCAGAGUGCAAUUGUCUUGCUUACACUUCCAAAUAACAGAAUAUAUGCAAUUUAUUUAUCACCCAUAAGCGGAUUUCAAAGGAAAAAAUCUCAUAAAAGCAAAUCAGAACUGUGUUUAUUACUGGAUAAUUUUCAUUUGUAUUUGUUGAUCUAAUUAUUACUAGAAUUGCUGAUCUGAUGAUCAUAUGUAAAUAAAUUUUUUUUCGUUUUGUUUCAGUAAUAAAAACUUUAACUUCGAACAA